AUAAAACAGAACAAAAAAGAUAUAUAUUUUGAGAGAGAGAGAGAGAGAGAAGUUAAGAAUGAGUUCAGAAAGAGUGAUGGAGGAGGAGGGGGAGGGGGAGUGCCAUGGAUGGGCAGCAAGAGAUGCAUCUGGAUUUCUCUCUCCCUAUAACUUUGCCCGUAGGGCGGUUGAAAGUGAUGAUGUUUCAUUGAAAAUUACCCACUGUGGAGUGUGUUAUGCUGAUGUUUCAUGGACUAGGAAUAAAUAUGGAGACUCAGAGUACCCCCUAGUGCCUGGACAUGAGAUUGUUGGAAUUGUUAAAGAGGUUGGUUCUAAUGUUCAUCGCUUCAAAGUUGGAGACCGUGUUGGAGUCGGAACUUAUGUCAAUUCAUGCAGAGAUUGUGAGUAUUGUGGUAUGAAUAUUGAUGUCUACUGCUCGAAGGGAGCUGUCCGUACAUUCAACUCUGUUGAUGUCGAUGGUACAAUAACAAAAGGUGGAUAUUCUAGUUACAUUGUUGUUCAUCAAAGGUACUGCUUUAAGAUACCUAAUGAUUACCCGUUAGCCUUAGCAGCACCACUGCUAUGUGCAGGAAUCACCGUUUACAGCCCCAUGAUGCGCUAUAAAAUGAACCAACCAGGUAAAUCUCUUGGGGUAAUUGGGCUAGGUGGCCUUGGUCACUUGGCAGUUAAGUUUGGAAAGGCUUUUGGAUUGAGUGUUACAGUUUUCAGCACAAGUAUAUCUAAGAAAGACGAAGCCCUAAAAAAGCUCGGAGCAGAUAAAUUUGUGAUCUCGUCUGAUGAAGAACAAAUGAAGGCCAUGGUUAAUUCACUCAACUUUAUCAUCGACACAGCAUCAGGGGAUCACCCAUUUGAUCCGUACAUGUCACUGUUGAAGACCGGUGGCACCCUUGUCCUGGUUGGUUUCCCAAGUGAAGUCAAGCUCCAUCCUAUAAGUCUCAUAAUGGGUAUGAAAUCCAUUUCUGGGAGCGUAACGGGAGGCAUAAAGGAGAGCCAAGAAAUGUUGGAUUUCUGUGCAGCUCAGAAGAUAUAUCCAGAGAUUGAAAUUAUUCCUAUUAAGUAUAUAAAUGAAGCUUUAGAGCGGCUAAUAAAAAGGGACGUGAAGUACCGGUUUGUUAUUGAUAUAGAGAACUCUUUUAAAUGAAACAAUAGAAGUAAAAUACAAUAAAAAUAAAAAAUCAAUUGUUGUAAUGUUAAUGAAGAUACAAGGGGCAGGAGGAUCCAUAUCAAUAAGCAAAAGGGUGUGAUAAGCAGUGAUCUUCUUGAUAUGUUGUGCUACUUGCUAUAUGGGGCAAUACUAUUACUACAUAUAUGUUCAUGUAGCAUAUGUUUCGAUCAUGGUUCAAGGCUCGAUUUUUCACUCUACAA